AUGCCCGCCACUCCGCCGCGCGGCGGCCGGGCUCCCUCGCUCCGCCGGGCGACCAUCUUCGCCCUCGCCCUCACCGCGCUGCUCGUCGUCAUGCGCUCGACGCACGCGGCCGGCGCGGGCGAGGCGGUGGACGACUCGCACGUGCGGUACGAGCACGUCCCCCUCGAGCAGCUGCGGCGCCGGUUCGUGGCCAAGCUCGGCGCGGGCGAGGCGCAGGCGAGCGCAAAGCUCUCGAGUGGCAAGGGCCUGUCGGACCUGAAGCCGUUCUACGGGCACGUGUUCGACGACCUGCUGGGAGGGUACACGCACUGGGGCUGGGUCGACUGGGACAUCCUCCUCGGCGACCUCGCCGCCGUCGUCGGAGAGGAGGCGCUCUGGGCGAGCGACGCGGUCACCUUUGCGGGCGCCACGCUCGGCUUCGCCUGGGCGGGCCAGCUCACUAUCUUCCGAAACUCGGCCGAGACGCGAGAGCUCUACCGCGUCGACGACAACCACCUCGCGCUCGGCUUCAAGGCGCCAUCUCCGGGAGGGGUCCGAGGCGCCCAGAUGGACUACAAGGCGCAGUGGCUCACGUGGGUGGAGUGGAUCCAGCGCGACCCCGACGGCUUUUACCGCUCAAAGGACCGCGUCUGCCUCCGGUGCUGCCCGCACUCGCUCGGCGUCUCGUACGAGGGCGCCUUUUUCCACGCCGGCCUCUCGCCCACCCCCGCGGCGCCCGACUGCGCCGCCGGCACGUGGGCGCUGCUCGAUGACAUCGGCCGCUUCAGCGGUCAGCUGCGGGUGCUGAGAGGCGGUCGAUGCGAGAGCCGGAGGGGGAGGCCGAAUGGAACACGGUGA